CGGAGGCGGGCUCCCUCCUCGGCGGCGCCCGCUGCGGGGCCUCGGGAGCGGCUCCAUCCCCUGCCGGAAGAGGAAGGCCGCCGGGGCGCCGGGGAGAGCCCGGCAGGAGCCGCGACCCCGCAGCAUCCCCAGGGGACGGGUCCUGGAGGGCUCCCCCCCGUGAGGAGCGAAUCAAAGCACUUGUGAACAUGGCUCUGAGAGAAGGAGAAACCAGCAGCAGCUCCAUCAAUGACAAGCCAGAGCAGAACAGCAAUCGUGUUAUUACAAUCGUCUUCCUGGCACUGUUCAUCGACUUGUUGGGAUUCGCUCUCAUCUUGCCGCUGUUUCCUUCCAUCCUUGAUUAUUACAGCCGGACCGAGGAUGGAUUCUAUUUGUCGUUGCAACGUGGCGUGGACUGGUUUGCAGAGAUGGUCGGGAUGCCUCCCGAGCGGAAAUACAACAGUGUCUUGUUUGGAGGUCUGAUCGGCUCAAUGUUUUCCAUCCUGCAGUUCUUCUCCUCUCCCCUCACUGGUGCUGUGUCAGACUGCUGGGGCAGAAGGCCCGUCAUCUUGCUGACAGUGAUGGGUUUGAUGGCAUCUUACGCACUAUGGGCUACCUCUAGGUCCUUCGGUGUUUUUCUCCUCUCCAGGAUCAUAGGUGGAAUAAGCAAAGGGAACGUCAGCCUCUCCACAGCUGUAAUUGCUGACUUGCAUUCUCCAAAAGCACGGAGCAAGGGCAUGGCAAUGAUUGGUGUUGCCUUCUCCCUUGGUUUUACCCUGGGUCCCAUGAUUGGAGCUUACCUAGCCAUGGAGCCAGAGAAAGGAGAAGUCUUCUAUCGUCGUUCGGCAUUGUUAGCGCUCAUGUUUGCUGUGGCUGAUUUAAUUUUCAUCUUCCUCCUGCUUCCGGAGACACUUCCCAAAGAGAAACGGGUCUCCUCUGUGACAUCUGGAUUUCAGGCAGCCGUUGACUUGCUCAGUCCUUUGGCUUUAUUUCAGUUCUCUGCAGUCACCCGAGGAAAGGAAUCCCCUUCAGAGAAGAAUCUUCAGAAUCUGAAAAUGCUGGGCGUGGUUUAUUUCCUGUACCUCUUCCUGUUUUCUGGUUUGGAGUAUACGCUGAGUUUUCUUACUCACCAGAGAUUCCAGUUCAGCAGCAUGCAGCAGGGCAAGAUGUUUUUCUUUAUUGGAAUAACAAUGGCUGUGAUCCAGGGAGGUUAUGCUCGCCGAAUCAAGCCAGGAAAUGAAAUCAGAGCUGUAAAAAGGGCUAUUAUGUUGCUGAUUCCAGCUUUCCUGUUAAUUGGAUGGGCUGCAAAUGUGACCCUGCUGAGUGUUGGACUGUUGCUGUACUCCUUUGCUGCUGCCAUUGUUAUCCCAUGUUUGUCUGCAGUGGUAUCAGGCUAUGGUUCUGCGGGCCAAAAAGGAAGAGUGAUGGGGAUCCUGAGGAGCCUGGGGGCUCUGGCCAGGGCCCUGGGCCCGAUCCUGUCAGCCACAGUCUACUGGCUGGCAGGGGCAGAGGUUUGCUUCACUGUCUGUGGAGCUUUCUUCCUCAUCCCCUUCAUUUUACUUGGUUCUAUAAAACAGCAGACAAAGGAGGAGUAGACAAAGGUAGGAAGUAACCACAGAACUGUCACCAGCUUCUAAGAACCACCACAAGACCUGAUUCUUGCUACCUGACUCCAGCAGCCAAAUGGGAAGAUCUUCUGGAAGGCCAGAUGCAACAACGCAACGACAACAAAUUCCAGGUUUCUUGCAGCCUCCACAAGGAAUUCUGUUGGCCAUGGCCUCCCAGCUGGCUUGGCUAGUUCUGCAAACAGAAAGAAAAAAAGUAAGAACAGGCAGCUCAGUAAAGCAUUCAGAUCAUCGGACAAGGCUGGGCCAGCUGAGAGUGGCAGUACAGCAGCACCGUGCUGCACAGCAUAGCCCAACGUUCGAUUUCAGCACCCAGUGCUGUUAACUGCCCCCCUGCAGUGCAUACAGUGCUGCUCUUUGCUUCAUCUGCUUUGGUCAUGAGAACAAGCCAGAGCAACCCCACUGCCCAAAGCUGCCACAAAAAGGAGUUUUGCUUUCAUCUAGCAGACAAGUAUACAGGAGCUGUCUAACGGGAAGUUUCUAUACCCAUCCUGAGAUCUGCACAAAUUCUCAGUGGACCUCGUAAAAGCUGCAUCAACUGCCUUAAAGCCCGACAAUCAAGCCCCAAAACAAGCAGCAUACUACAGGCUUCCUGAGCCUGACUGGUACUUUGGCACAGGUGGAUUGUUUUUAAUAUAUGACUGAGAUGUUUUGUAUUUCUAAUACUGUACGGUAUGUUUUUGAUGACCAACCACUGUCCUUUUGCAUUACAAAUAAACCAUUAUGUUGUA